AGUAUUUUUCUAUCGUUCGUUAAGUUAUGAAGUUCGGUUUUUUAAGUAUCGCGAUAUUACACAUAAAAAGAAAUAUCAUAAAAAUCAAUUGACUUCUGUUCUUUUGUUCUUAUGUUAAGCCAUCAAAACAGUGUUACCUAAUUCGAUUAAUGCUCACAAAAGAAAGCUCUGGUUGUUUGCAUUAUUCAGAGAAAAUCAAGGAAAAAGCACGAUUAUCAUGUAAAUAAGUCCAAAAGGAGUCUCAAAUGCAAUUGAAUUUCAAAUUACUCAACAUUCUUACAUUUCUCCAUGCAGUUAAGCUUCGCCUGUAAGCUUCACAAAAGAUAAGAAAGAAGAAAUUUCGCAGGAAAAAUAAAAGAAAAAAAAACAAGGUUGAAGUGAAAAAUUCUCUCUGGCUGGUUCAGAAGAAGCGAGAAGAAAAAGAGAGAAGAAGAAAUUGUAAUCAAGAUACUUAAUCAAAGUGUUUUUUUGUGAAGCAUCUCUUGAUUUUGUGUAGAACUGUGAAAGAAAUUCAGAAGCUUUUGAAAGUAUUCAGUGCAAUAAAAGACUUUUUAUGACUCAAAAGACUUUUCUUCUGCGUUUCUAAUCGGUUUUAAAUUGUGUGUGACGAAUCAUUAAAAGGAGGGAAGUGAAACCUGCGGUUAAAAAAGAAAAUUCUUCUCGUGUUGUCGAGUGAGCAACGAGAAAUAUGAUGAAAUUUUGCAUUCUAUGGUUUUGGAUUAAUGUGUGUCAAGUGCAUGGAAUCAUAGAUAGACUUGUGGUGCAAACAAGCAGCGGCCCGAUACGAGGCUCGUCGACAUUCGUCGAGGGCCAUGAAGUGCACAUUUUUCAUGGGAUUCCAUUUGCAAAGCCACCCAUUGACAGUCUACGAUUUCGAAAGCCGGUACCGGCUGAACCAUGGCAUGGGGGGUUUAUGAUGCAACAAGAUUACCACCCUCGUGCAUUCAAGAAAGGUGAGACAAUUUCUUCAUAUGAAUAUUUCCCCGGGUUUGCUGGCGAAGAAAUGUGGAAUCCCAACACAAAUGUGUCUGAAGAUUGCUUAUAUUUGAACAUUUGGGCACCGGCUAAAGCACGUUUGCGUCACGAACGAGUUCAUGAGAAUGGUAAACAUGGGAAUCAUCACGACAGUAUGAACGAACAUCACGAGCGUGAUUUUGAAGGCUUACCAAUGUUAGUUUGGAUUUAUGGUGGCGGUUACAUGAGUGGCUCAUCAACUCUCGACAUCUACAAUGCCAAAACAUUAGCAGCAGUGGGAAAUGUUAUCGUAGCAUCGAUGCAAUAUCGUGUUGGUGCUUUUGGUUUCCUCUAUCUGGCGCCAUUCUUACCAGGUCAUGAAGAUGACGCUCCAGGCAAUCAGGGCAUGUGGGAUCAAGCCUUGGCUAUUCGAUGGCUUAAAGACAAUGCGAGAGCUUUCGGUGGUGAUCCAAAUCUAAUCACUCUCUUUGGCGGUGGCAGUGUCAGUUUACAUCUUUUAUCGCCCGUGACACGUGGACUUGUUUCGAGGGGAAUCUUACAAUCAGGAACAUUAAACGCACCAUGGAGUCAUAUGACAGCUGAAAAGGCUGUUCAAGUCGGUGAAAUGCUGAUUGAUGACUGUAAUUGCAAUGCAACAAUGUUGAAGGAAUCUCCACGUGCAGUUUUGAAUUGCAUGCGCUCUGUUGAUGCUAAGACUAUUUCUGUACAACAAUGGAAUUCAUAUUCAGGCAUACUCGGCUUUCCAUCUGCACCGACAAUCGAUGGUGAAUUUAUGCCAGCUGAUCCAAUGUCAAUGCUUGCAAGUGCUAAUCUUGAGGGCAUUGACAUUCUUGUUGGAAGUAAUCGUGAUGAGGGCACAUAUUUUCUGCUGUACGAUUUUAUUGAUUAUUUCGAUCGCGAUUCACCGACCCAGCUAUCGAGGGAAAAGUUUCUCGACAUUAUGAACACGAUUUUUAGCAAAGUUUCACAACCUGAACGUGAAGCGAUCAUUUUCCAGUACACAAGUUACGAGUCGGCAAAUGAUGGCUAUCAAAGUCAACAGCAGGUCGCAAAAGCAGUUGCAGACCAUUUUUUCAUUUGUCCAACAAAUGAGUUUGCUAUUGGACUUGCAGAUCGUGGAGCGAGUGUUUACUAUUAUUACUUCACACACAGAACAAGCACAUCGUUAUGGGGAGAAUGGAUGGGCGUUAUGCAUGCUGACGAAAUUGAGUACAUUUUUGGACAUCCCAUGAAUUCCACAAUUCACUACAGGCAAAGAGAGCGUGAUUUGAGUCGAAUGAUGGUUCAGACAGUUAGCAAAUUUGCUAAAACUGGAAACCCUUCACUGGAUGGAAUCCAUUGGCCACUUUAUAGAGCUGACAAUCCAAUAUAUUACACAUUCAAUGCCGAGGGGGAAGAGGACAUGAGAGCCGAUAAAUAUGGGCGAGGGCCUGCAGCAACAUCAUGUGCAUUUUGGAAUGAUUUCUUGCCGCGACUGAGAAACUGGGUACCACAAAAACUUAACUGCGAUGCCAGAACGAAAGACAAUUCAUCGAGUCCGAGUAUUCAUCGUGACACCAGUUGGCUGCGAUUACUUUCAGCAAUGGCGCUUCUGAUGUUAAUUUAUAGUUUCUCAUAAAAAUGCAUUACUUUUAUUAGACACUAAAUAAACAAAAAGUUGAGUUUUUUUAGAAAAUUUUAUGUUCACUGCAUUUGGACUGGUUCUAGGCGGUAGGAAUCUUUCAGUUAUAAAAGUUGAAAUGCUUUUAAAAAUAAUCAAAUUCAUAAUUUAGAAACAAAAAAAUGUGAAAAAUGAGAUGAAAUGAUAUCGGUGAAGCUUUAAAUAAAUAAAACCACGAAGAUAAAGAAAAUAUAUGAAAG